AUGGAAGUGUUGGGAUCGGAGGUGGGUACCAUGGCGGAGGAGGGGGGCGGGGCAGAAAACUCUGUACUCGGUUGCUUUGGGGACGGCCAAUUUGUACUCCGGGUCGGCGCAUGGACCGGUGAUCUCCCAUGGCUUCUUUGUGUAGCGUUUCGGAGCCAGGACAAUGGAUUUCACCGUGAAGUUCGUUUUGGUAUUGCAGAGUUACGGAGGAGAAGAAGAGGGAGCUUUGGGCUUUCUCUGGGCUUUACUUGA